UCCUGGAAAAUUCUAUUCCGAUUUAUGAAGAUGGCGUGGCCUAUGGUCAACCAACUGAUUCCGCCGUUCCUCGAGGAAGCUGAGGGACCAGUCUCUGCACGUUGGGAAAAAUGGCGUGAACAGUUUGAGGCUUAUCUGGCAUGGAAAGAUGUGGACGAUCAAGAAGCGAAAUUCAAAACCCUUAUGAUGUUCGGUGGACCCGAUAUCCGAAAUGUAGUGAAACAAGUUGAAGUCGAUGAAAAACACGCUGUGGACAACCGUUAUCACGUUGCGAUGUCAAUCCUGGAUGAUUAUUUCAUACCAAAACUAUCAAAAACAUAUGAGCGCCAGAAAUUUCGCGAAAUGAAACCAACAGCCGGUGAAAAGUUUGACACGUUUGUCAACCGUCUGAAACGACAAGCAGCCUUCUGCGACUAUGGAGACCAACUAGAAAGCAUGGUGGUGGAUCAAAUAAUAACCACCACGGCGGACAAGAACCUGAAGCGUAAAUGUCUGGAGAAGGAUUACAAAUUCGAGGAGAUUCUUAAAAUUGGUCGCACCCACGAGUCAGUUCAAAUGCAGAUGAGUGAAUUGGAUAACCGGAAUGAAGCUGGUACUCUACAAGCAAUCAGUAUUACUGAGCCAGAGAAGAAUGAAGAUAUGGUUUUGAAGUUACGCUCUCGACCCGGUGGACCUCGGCGUUUCAGAUGUUUUCGAUGCAAUGGAAGACACGAUCCGAAAAGUUCAUCGUGCCCGGCCAGAGAACUGGAAUGCAGAAGCUGUGGGCAACGAGGGCAUUUCUCUCGAUGUUGCUUCCUGAAACGAAGAAAGCCAGUCAAACAACUAGCACAACCACCCCAUUUCGAAGCUCAUCAGAAAGCCAAGAGAUUCGUACGAGAAGUAUCUAGCGGCAGCGGAAACAUAACACAAGAUGUGGUGGAUCUUUUUCACCUCGGCACUAAGGGAAACCAAAUAUCAGUAUCAGUCGGAGGAGUCUGGGUUCAAUUUGUGAUCGACACUGGAGCAGAUGAGGAUGUCUUGAGCGAAACGGACUGGAUCAAGACAAAACAAACUGGAUUUGACGCAUACUCUAUUCGAAGAGGAAGCACAAAAGUAUUCAAAGCAUAUGGCUCGAACACACCGUUGAAGAUCCUAGGCGAAGUUGACUCGACUGUUGCGGUUGACGGGAAAACCAUCGAAACUACGUUAUACGUAAUCCAGAGCGGCAAUUGUUCACUUCUCUCGGGUGAUACAGCAAUAAAACUUGGAUUGAUCAAAUUUUUGCGGACAGUUGACAAAGAAACAUUUCCACAUAUUACAGACGUCUCUACACAUUUGCGAGCCGAUCAUCUCGAACAAGACGAGAUCGACUUUGAGUUGAACUCUCGCAGUGUUGUCAUCCCUCCCGAAUCGGAUCAAUCAUACACCAAAAGGCGUCGUCGUUUGCGUGGGCUGUUGGCCAGCGAGCUGCAGGCCUCUGAUCCUGUGGUUCGCUCCUUCAAAGGAGAUGUUGAAGUUGAUUUGGGUAUAUGUCGUGGCAAGUUUGAGUCCAUCAAGGAGGAUUUGGGGUACAGGUGUCCGAAUAAAGAGGUUUUUCGAAGCAGGUUGCUUCACUUGGGUGCUCGGCUCCAAAUCGUAAAAAACUACGCCGUGGGAGAAGGCAAUGAAGCAUUUAUUGAUUUGUUGGACGAUGUGGUAGCUCUCCACAGCUACCACUUCGCAAAUAGUGCUCCGCCUCCUCUCACGGCCGUUGAAGAAGACACUGAGGAUGAUGAUGAGGAUUUGCAAACCCAACCUGCGGAAAGGAACGACAAUAUUCCGGUCCUGUAUAGCAAACCCUCAACCGAUGUUGUGGUAAAUCAGGUGGCUGGGGAAGAAAUUCUCGGUGUCUUAUUUGAAAUAAGGGCGGAAAUUCAAAAGACGCAACAGCAGAUUAAGGUCAACGAGUCCCGCAACUCAGCGAGAACGGAUUCUCUCGAAGCUGCCAUGAAAAACUCGGUACCGGUCUAG